GAGGGAAAAAACGAACAAGAUGGCAAAGUGGUGAAGACGGUUUUCCACUGAAGAAGUUUCCGUUUGAAUUUUGUCUACGGAUAUCGAGUUCUUAGGCAUUCCUGUUUAUGACACAAUCAAUCAUGUCCGUUGCAGCUCUUGUAGGAUCUUUUGAUGAUAUCGUCCGCUCCACAACGGUACUUGCUGAAGGAAUUGAAGGAGAAUUCAUCAAGUUCGUUUCGCAGCAGGAAGAAUGCCGAAAGAAAUGGCUUGUAGCAGAGAAUGAGGCCGUCCGACUGAAGCAAGAAAUCGCCAGGAUCACGGCUGAGAACGAAGCACUUGAAGUAAAACUGAAACAUGCAAGGAGUCAAGUUGAAGUAGAAAUUAAGAAAAGAAUGAAGGCAGAGGCAACCCAAGAUCACCUGGAAAGACAGGUGGCCUUGAUCCGUGAACUACUAAAUGACAAAGACACAAUGAGUAGGUUGAAUGACAAUGAAAGACAAACACUGAUGCAGUUGAGCCAGUGUCACCAUGAGGAUUUUGCCAGUCCAAGGAAAAGGCGCUUCAGUAAUCAGGAUGAAUCUAGUGGUUCAAUCUUGUCUCCUUCAGACAUCAGUUAUGACAACACAGAGGAGGACUUGGAUGUUUCCCAUCCCAGGAAAACCAUAAGAAAGGCACCUGCACCAGCAGCACAAGAGCUUGAUGUUACUCCUCCAAAAAGACCCAGAACUGAUGAGGGAGAUGGGCAGGUGGUGGUGAAACAUGUUGUUCCAGACAGUCCAGUCCAUGUUCCAGUUUAUCCAAGUCCACAGAUUCAUGUUCAGCCAUCAGCCCCUGAAUUAAAUUAUCGAGACCCAUACCGUCAGGCAAUACGAGAACUUGAAGAAAUUACUAGCCCGAGGAAGGUGACUCCACAACUACAGAGAAUUGCCUCACAGAAUGGCAAAAGACCUGCAACAAAGGAAAAGAAACAUGUGUUGUGCUCCAAGACUGUUAUCAAGCCAGAAUCUUGCCAACCAUGUAAUAAGAGGAUAAAAUUUGGAAAACUGGCCUUGAAAUGCAAAGAUUGUCGAGCUGUGUGCCAUCCAGACUGUAAAGACCACCUUCCUUUGCCAUGUGUUCCAAGUGUUGACACACCUGGUUCUGGACGGAAGCGCCCAGAUGAAAACAUCGAGUUUUAUGCUCCCACCACAGGUCCUAUGGUGCCCGAGAUUGUUAUCAAAUGUAUCGACGAAGUUGAACGACGUGGUCUUUCAGAGGUCGGAAUCUACAGGGUACCAGGGGCUGAGCGCAGUGUGAAAGAACUCAAGGAGAAGUUUACGCAGGGAAAACUUCCUGACUUGCGAAAAGUUGACGAUAUCCACGUGGUUUGUGGACUGCUGAAAGACUUCUUACGUAACCUUGCCGAGCCUCUGGUCACUUACGAUCUGUGGUCGAAUUUCGUCGACGCAGCAAACAAAACAGAUGAAGACGACAGUGCAAGUGCGACAUACCAAGCUGUCAGUGAGCUUCCUCAAGCGAACAGAGACACUCUCGCUUAUCUCAUAUUGCACUUGCAGAAAGUGUCACACUGCAUAGAAUGUAAAAUGGAUGCCAGCAACCUUUCCAAAGUAUUUGGACCGACUAUCGUGCAGAACUCCUCCGCCAACCUUGAACCAAUGCAGAUGUUACAGGAAGCCAAAUGGCAACCCAAGGUUAUGGAGCGACUUCUCUCAAUGCCUGUUGACUACUGGAAUCAGUUCAUAAACACUGACGAUGAGAAUAUCCGUUCACCCCCAUAUAACCCGACCUCUCAUCGUGCGGACGGAACCCCGCUCACCCCGGAGUGUAGACCCGUACCAGAGAGCAUGCUUGGACCGCUGACUGCUUCAAACGCCAAGUCAGUCAAGAAGAAGGGAAGUUUUCUCUCCAGGACUCCUCUUACACCAAGGUUUGGAAGCAAGAGCAAAAAUCCGAACAAGAGACCAACACAUUUCUUCGCUUCACCGAUGCUAAAAUAGAUUAUAACUCUGUAGUAAACCUCUUAAAUUGUUUUAUAGUUCUUGUGUUGACAAGAUCGAUGUAUCCUUCGCUUGAUGUGUAAACAUGUCAGUCCUCGAUGACGAUGCGGGCGACACGACUCUUAUCGCACGAUUGAUACAGGAAGAUCAUCCUUUAAGUAUACAUACAUGUAUUGAGACUUUGUGGAGCUCCACUUGUUUACUGACUGAUUCUGACUAUCGCUUUCGACUCGAAUACCGUUGUUAAUUACUGAUAUUUUGUGUUUAAGAUAGUUUAUUUUGUUGUGUCGUCUGACAUGUCAUGUUUUCAAAGUAAAUUGAGAAGAUAGCUUCUGUUUUGGUAUAUAUAUUCUCUAAAACGUGCCCGUUUUAAAGCUGUGGUCUCCCAAAAAGUCUUUAACCUGAAACUUAUCAAUUUUAUUUGACACAGACAAAAAAACAUUUUUAAUCUACACAGCCAGAUUUUGUGGCUAUCAAAUUUACUCCUAUUAGCUUUAUCGGGAAAUAUUGAAUCUCUUUAAAUAGAAGCCCUGUAAUUGUGUACGGUAGCUAUAGAACAAUUUCAUUUUGCAUUUAUUACAACUGAAGAAAAAUAAGCUAUACCUUUCACAAUGCCUAACCCUGUCAGGAUUUUAAUUAUUACGAAAAUCUUUGAGGCUGUUUAUUUCGUUUAGGCGUUUAUCAUUAACGGUAAGAAUUUCUACUGCGUAACCAAAUGCUGUUGGUUUAGUUUGUGUUCCUUUAUAUUUUUUACCGCCACUGUAUGCAAUAUGUCAUUCCUUGUCAGCGACGUAAGAAACCGCCGCUCAAAAACCUGAUUAUUGAGGACCAGGACAACAAAGAACUGAAGAUCAAAGUUCUGUCACUAAUGAUAUUAUUUAUCCAGAUUAAACUUUCCAGCAGACUGCGUUACACGA